AUGCAGGAAGACCUGAAUAGGCUGGAAGAGUGGGCUAACAAGAAUCUUAUGAAGUUCGACAAAGACAAAUGUAAGGUCUUGCACCUGAGAAAACAUAGCCUGGGAGUGCAGCACAGGCUGGGAUCUACCUGGCUGGGGACCAGCUCUGUGGCAAGGAUCCUGGGGGUCCUGGUGGACAACAAACUCGAUAUGAGUGAACAGGGUGCUGCUGCAGCAAAGAAAGUCAACAGGUUCCUGGGUUGCAUCAACAAGGGCGUCACCCGCAGAGACGAAGAAGUCAUUAUCCCACUCUACUCAGCACUUCUCACUGCCCUCGCCCUGGACGUGCUGGCUGCUGAGGACCCGGAGACCCCCCCGGACCUCCUGGUUCUUAAUCUCACCUGCUCUUGGCCCAGUGACACACGGCAGCAAGGCUUCCUGUCAGCGCCAAUGACCCCAGCUUGCCCCCUCGUUGCCUUCUCGCAGCAGGAGGUAAGGGAGCUGAAGAUAGCCUGCCAGCCCGCUACCUGGGACUUGGACCAGGAGUGGCUUUUCUGGGUGGAAAUGGAAGUGCCUCCUCGACACCUUUUUGUUUUCAUCAUCCUGGUAAAGCCCAUGAACACAUUGGCCCCUGUGGCCGCUUUCAGUCAUGUGGUUGGCCCACAGCUGAUGCUCUUCGAGGGCCAGUCAUGGCCCCUCUCUGGCAACUUGGAGAUCAGCGAUGAGGACAAUCUGAAAGAGGUGAAGGUCUGGGUCACACAGUGUCUGCAAUAUGGGAAGACCGAGGUACUGGGCAUACCGUCCAGCCUCAAGCACUUCACUGCUGCAGAACUAGCAGCAGGGCAGGUGAUUUGCCAGCAUGAUGGCAGUGAGCACAGCUACAGUGACAACAUUGUUUUCCACAUGGCAGAUGGGCAGCACCAGGUCGAAUUUCUGUACCCCAUCACCAUUGCUCCUGAAGACAAUCAGCCACCGCUGCUGAAUGCAGAUACAGGGCUGGUGCUGAGUGAGCACCAGACUGUCCAAAUCUCACUUUUUGUCCUCAGUGCCACAAACAUUGACUCUGAUGAUACCUCUGUCUGAUUUUUCCUGGCUGAGGACUCAGCAGUGUCCCUACUACACUUCCAAUGCUUUGGUGAGCUGCUGCUGCAUCAGGUAGAGCAACCAGCAUCUUAUGAGAGCAAAGAAAGUGGUUUGUGGAGGAUGAACACCUGUAUCAGAGUGGUGAGUGAAUGGCUGCAGCAGGACAUCCUUGAUGGGAGGCUGUUCUUCAGGCACAUGGGAGCUCACAGCGCCAGCCUGGUGAUGGGCCACAUUGUGUUCCACCUGCAGGAUGACAAGGAUCCCACUCACCAAUCAGGGGAGCAUGUGCUUGCUGUCAGAGUCCAACUGGUAGACAAUCUGCCACCUGCACUGUACCCAGGUACCAGCCUGCAGAUGACAGUGCAGGAGUACCAGCUAACUGUCUUUAAGAAGCACUAUUUACGGUACACUGACCUGGAUAUGGAUGACAGGGAGUUGAAGUAUGCUUUACUGACACCCCCAGCUGACACAGAUGAGAACCACUCUGUGGUCACUGGAGAUACUGUGUUGGCUGACAGUCCUGAGAUGUCCAUUACACUUUUCACCCAAGCCUAGGUGAACCACCACAAGGUGGCACAUCGACCCCUGGAUCAGGAGCUGGGGAACACACCACGAGUGGUUCGGUUCAUGCUCGUUGUAGAGGACUCAGCUGGCAAUUCUCUACAAGGUACCUUUACUCUCUUCCUGCAGCCAAUGGACAACCAGCUACAUCAGAUCACCAACACAGGCUUCACUGUGCUGGAGGGAAACUGCUUCUUUCUCGCCAGCAAUCAACUGGAUGCCACAGAUGAGGACACAUCUGUAGACCAGAUUGUCUUCCCUGUGACUUGAGCUCCAGAGCAUGGCUAUCUGCUUUAUCUAGAGAAGGAUGUGAUGGUGCGAGGGGAAUCUUUCCUGCUAGAUGAUAUUGCGGGUGGGUGCAUCUCCUACAAGCACAGCGGUGGUGAGUUUGCCGGUGAUUCUUACCAGUUGAAAGUGAGUGAUGGAGUCCAUCAUGUGCCAGUCACGUUGAAGAUUGCUGUGCAGCCUAUGGAUGAUGAAAACCCAAGUAUUGCUCUUCCUGGUGGUCACAGGUAGGUUGGAGCAGCCAUUGGUGUCCUGGAAAAUAGUGCUACUGCAAUUACUACAUCACUUAUCCAGGGUACAGAUGAUGACACGGAUGACUUGGUACUGACCUUCACUGUGCAGGAUCCACCUAAGCCCGGUCACGUCCUCGUGGAUGGAGUGCGAUCAGAAAAGUUUACCCAGCACAGCCUCAUCAGUGCAGCAGUAGCCUACGCUCACACCAGUGGAGAGACUGGCUUGAAAAAGAGGUAUGAUUCCUUCAGUCUCACCAUUUCUGACCUCUCCGGUGAAUGGGUAGUGGCAGGCAGCACAGUAAAAAGGGUGCAUGUGGCUGUAACUGUAUUGCUUGUGGACAGCAUUGCACCUGAAGUGAUGGUUGCAGCAGAGACGCUCAGUGUCCUCGAGGGAGGGAAGAGUACUAAAUCUGGUCAGCUGGAUGUGGAGGUCAUAGAUACUCCCAGAGACAUCUCGUGUGUUGUCACAGUUCAGUCUACUUCCAGAUAUUUGGAGAAUGUCUCUCCAGCCCCAGGGUCUGAGAAGUCUCGAGCCGGUACUGCUAUUAGUGCUUUUUCCAUCAAAGAUGUUUGUCUGGGCCGUGUCAACUAUGUGCAGAGCAUUCACAAAGGCAUGGGUCCUCUGGAGGAUGAAUUCACUUUCCAGUGCUCUGAUGGUGUUAACUUCUCACCUCACCAGUUCUUCCCCAUUAUCAUCAUCCCCACCAAUGAUGAAAAGCCAGAGCUGUUUGUGCAUGAAUUCAUGGUGCUUGAGGGGAUGAGCCUGGUGAUUGACACCCCCAUCCUCAACGGAGCUGAUACAGACAUGCCUCCAGAUGAACUGUGUUUUGUAAUUGCUGUAACUCCUAAGCAUGGGCAGAUUGUGCAGCAGCUGUCCACAGGCACUGUGUCUGUUCACAGCUUCACCGUGGAGAAGAUCCAGGAGGCUUCCAGCAUUGUGUAUGAACACGAUGACUCGGAGACAAAAUAAAACAGCUUCCAAAUUUGGCUGACUAAUGGACACCACACCGUGGAGCAGAAUGUGCCGAUUAUGGUGAUUCUGGUAGAUAAUGAGACCCCCAGGAUGGCAAUCAACAGUGGUCUGGAACUAGAGAUUGGCAAGUUUAAGGUCAUCUCUAGUCAAGACCUUAAAGCCAACAUCGAUUCAGAGGACAAGAGCCUCAUUUAUGUUAUCCAUUUGGUGCCUUUGCAGGGUUUCUUACAGCAUCUGAACAGGCAAGAGGAAGUGCCGUGUAACAUUACACAAGGCACAAACUUCACACAAGAUGAUUUAGAUCAGGGUUUUAUCUGCUACAUUCAUACUGGCCUACAUGGAGUACGUGAUCUGAUUAAAUUUGAUGUUACUGACGGUAUUAAUGCCCCGAUAGACAGGUACUUCUAUAUUACCAUUGGCAGCAUUGAUAGGGUCUUUCCUGAGGUGAUCAACGAGGGUGUAACUCUGAAAGAAGGUGGAAAGGACACAACUGAUGUGCUCAGCACGAGUGAUGUUAACAGUCCUGAUGAAAGUUUGCAUUUCAGUGUCACCCGGCACCCAACCUGGGGCCAUCUAGAGAAUUCAGACAGUUGUGGAGUACCCGUUAUUUCCUUUACUCAACUCCAACUUGCUGGCAACUAGAUUUACUACAUUCAUAGUGCAGAGGAUGAGGUGAAGAUUGACAGUUUUGAGUUUGAAGUGACAGGUGGGUAUAACCCAGUCUUCCAUAACUUCAGAGUCUGUAUCACAGAUGUGGAGAAUAAAAAGCCAAUUCUGACUAUUGGUGACCUGGUGGUUGAUGAAGGGGAGACCAGGCUGAUCACCCCUUUUGAGCUGACUGUGGAAGACAGGGAUAUGCCUGACCAUUUACUCCUAUUCACGGUCACUCCGGUUCUGGUGCAUGGCCACAUUUUGCUCAACAGCAGCUACCCAGUCACCAGCUUUACCAAACAAGACUUUAAUGAGAACCUUAUCAGCUACAGACAUGAUGGUAUAGAAACCAGCCAGGAUAGUUUCUGCUUCUCUGUGACAGAUGGGACCCACACAAACUUUGUUUUCCCUGACACUAGCAAGGACAUCCAUCAACCCCAGAUGAUAAGGAUUCAGAUCAGCUCACUGGACAACAGGGUGCCACAAUUAGUGGUGAACAAGGGUGCCCCUACUCUGAGAAGCCUUCCAGCUGGGCAUCUGGGCUUCCUGAUCACUAGUAAGGCUCUGAAGGCAGAGGAUCAAGACAGUCCACACAAGCUGUUGAAAUACAGAAUAACAGAUGGGCUGGACCAUGGCUUCGUCAUGAAUACUGGCCUUGGAAAUGAGAGCGUUAGAACAUUUAUGCAAG